AUGAUGCAGGACCAGCCCACCUUGACUGUCACCGCCCACGGUGCCCAGAACCUCCAAGAUGUCGAGACCAUCGGUAAGCAGGACCCCUAUGUCCGGUUCUCGACCGACUUCAACAACGCCAAAUCCUUCCAAAAGACCUUUGUCCACAAGGAUGCCGGCAAGACCCCCACCUGGAACCAGACCUUCUCGUUUGUCCUCGCCGGCGAGCCCGAGCUCUUUGUCGAGAUCAUGGACGAGGAGACCACCGCCGACGCCGUCAUCGCCUUCGCCGCUAUUCCUAUUGCCCAGAUCGUCCACGCCCCUGGCGGUACCUUCAACGGUAUCUUUGACGUCUACACACCCAGCGGCAAGACCCAGGGCGAGAUUAACCUGACCUUGGUUGCCCAGAACGUCCCUGGCCAGAACACUUCCCCUGUCCACUCUGCCGGCCAGCCCGUCAAGGGCACGUCGCACAUCUCUAUCGAGCAUCAGAAGCGUAUGAAGUCCCUUGCCAACAAGGAGAAGGCCUCCGAUGUCGGAACUGCCGCCUUUGGAGGUCUCUUGGCCGUUGGAGCUGGACUCUUGGCCAACAAGCUCGUCAACGAUAACAAGAAGGAGGAGGCGGCCAAGAAGGAGGCCGAGCGCACCGCCGCUGCUGAGCGUGAGAGAUUCGAGACCGAGAAGCACCAACUCGAGGCCCAACGUCACCAGUUUGAGCAGCAGCAGCAGCAAGCCCAGCAGCAGCAGCAGCAGGGCCAGCAGCAGCAACAGCAGGGCCAGCACGGAUACGGCGGCCAGUCCCACGUCAACCCUCAGGAGCACCACCAAGGCGGUCACGACCAGGGCAAGCACAAGAAGGACAAGAAGGACAAGAAGGACAAGAAGAGCAAGCGCCACGGCGGUUCCGGCUCUGACUCUGACUCGUCGUCUGACUCUGACUCUGACAGUGACAAGAAGAAGAAGGGCAAGAAGUGGGAUGCCCACGGUCGCCAUUACUCUGCCGGCGACAAGGUCAAGUACGACGGCGACAAGUACAUCUGCCUCCAAGGUCACAACUCCCAGUCUGACUGGGCACCCACUGUUGCCCACUCCCUCUGGCGCCGCGAUUAA